GUAAGUCAUGUUGUUUCUUAAGGCCAUGACUUUCUCCUUCUCCCUAACUUUAGUUGUUGUUUGUGUUUUAUUUUCUUUUAAAGUUCCAACUCAAGGGAAACCUGAGAUUAUUCUGGAAUGUCAUGGCCAACUCCCCCUCUAGCAGCGACUAUUCGGACACAGAAGACUAUGUCUCUGACUCCACAUCUAACCUGAGCCUCUCUGUGGGCUAUUUCCCCCAGGAGAACACCUUUUCCUAUGAGGACCUAACCAGAUGUAAAGACCUGACGUGUACAGGUUCUCCAGCCCACUCCCUCCCUCCUCCUGUCCAAGGGGCCCAGCAGAUGAGGGGCAUAAGGAGACUCUUAAGGAGACAAGAUCAGAGUCAGGAUGACCUAGGGCAGUUUCGCCAGCUAAGCAUUCCCCUGGCCUGGGACAUGGAGGCAGACUUUGACCACACUGACCCCGUAACUAAUAGGGAUCUCCAGAGAUGCCACUGGUGGGCCGACAAGUGGCCUGAAGAGAACACAAAACUGACUCUUGGAAAACUCAAUGGACUCGUAUACAAGCUUGAAACAUUUCUAGAAAAUCACAAAGCUGGUAAGGAGGAAGAGGAGUCCAUGUUUCUGGAAUCUACUCAGGAGGAAGAUUUCCUCCCAGCCAGCAGUACCCCUCCACAAACAGCUCAGGUCAGUCAUAUUGUUGAGGCUUGUCCAAGGGGUUUCUACCAGACAAUGUGUAUAGGACUUGACUCAGUCUCCUUUUCUAAGCAGGUGAUGAGCCAAGAGACUGAGAACCACAGCAUGAGCACUCCAGAGACCUCCAAUUCAUCCAGACAGCUGGAGGAGGAGGAGGCUACCUCUGAUGCCGACAUGCCCACCCCAUCCUGCCUGAACUUUGUGUGGGCCUUCCGCUGGCUGUGGCAGCAAGUCCUCGCUUCCCUCCGGAGGAGAGAACAAUCCGACAAGGCCAGGACAAGAUGGCACCAAAAUACAGUAAGGAGACAUACUGCUAGGAGCAACACAAUCGAGCCUCGAGGAUGCUGCAAAUCACAACACCAUACAUCUCCAGAUAUCUGAAUCUUUUGAUUAGCUCUUGUUACAUAAUCCACAUGGGUUUGUUUCUCAAUAAAUAAAAUAUGUUCUUGUUAUUCACAUCUUAUUAUUCCCACCUGUAUGAGAUCUUGACUCAAGCUGUUACAAGUAUGGACAUUAUAUAGAAGACUAAAUGGCUGGGCACUGGUGGCUAUGGUUGUAAUCCUAGCUAUUCAGGAGGCUGAGAUAUGAAGAUUGCAGUUUGAAGCUAGCUCAAGCAGAAAAG